AUGCUGGUGACCUAUUUGGAAGCCAGCCGGGACCUUUGCGAGACGGACUCAAUUCUCUUUGGCGCCGCAGUGGCAGUUUGCCGUAUUAUUGGCGCCAAACUUCCCAUGGCUGGACGCGCUACUACACAAAGUAGCGCCAUCCCAGCCUGGAGAAAAAGAAUCGAGGACCGUAUCGCAAAGGCAAGGGCCCUUAUCGGCAGACUGACAAGCUUCAGGUCGGGUAAUAAUAGACCGAGGAUUAUGCGCACCGUUAGGAUGGCGUUUGCUGGGACAAAUAUCAGUUUGUCCCAGCCGGAUAUCACGCAGAAACUAACGGAGCGCAUAGACGACCUGAAGCAAAAGAUCGCUGCUUGGGGGAAGCGGAUUCGACGAUUUACCGACAGGUCAAGGCGGUUCAACCAGAAUCGUCUCUUCCAGAGUGAUCAGAAGAGGCUCUAUAAAUCAUUGGAGCGGCCAAAGGUAUGUGGAGCGGGCCAAGGACCGGAUCAGGCAGACAUUAUCGCAUUCUGGCGUGGCCUGUGGUCAGAGCCCGUAAACCACAGCGAGGGCCCUUGGAUGGAAGCUGUGGCGAGCCAGGGUGCGAGUGUUACGCCUAUGGACCCCAUCACCGUAACGCCGGAAGACGUGGCUGAGGCGGUCCGUAGGGCCCCGAACUGGAAAAGUCCGGGGCUCGACGGGCUGCAUCAUUACUGGCUGAAGGGGUUCAUAGUGUGUCACGCUGUGCUCGCCCGACAGUUUCAAGAGGCUCUCGACCAGAAGUCGCUCCCGAGCCUCUUCACUACUGGGAUCACUCACUUGGUUCCUAAAGAUCAGGAUACCACAGACCCGAGCAAAUACCGCCCCCAUCACGUGUCUACCCACCAUAUAUAA